AUGACCACCCCAGCCUGGCAACAAAAAGUCCAAGCCAAGCAAGCCGAAGCACUGGCCAAGAUCCCCGCCGAAUGGCGCCUGCCCGCCGCCCUCCUAGCCACCGCCUCCCCCAUCUCCCCCGAGAAUGUCCUCUCCAUCCCGCGUAAGAGCGGGCUCCUGAGCUCGCGCGAGCUGGCCAUCACCGAGACCGCAGAUGCCACGACGCUCCUCGCCCAACUGGCGGACGGCACCUACACCGCCGUCGAAGUGACAACAGCCUUCAGCAAGCGCGCCGCCAUCGCGCAGCAACUGACCAACUGCCUCACGGAGACGAUGUUCGACCAAGCGCACGCCCGCGCAAAGGAGCUAGACAGGCACCUCGCAACAACCGGACAGCCCGUCGGCCCGUUGCACGGGCUACCCGUCAGCGUAAAGGAUAUGUUCCACGUGGCCGGGGUGGCCUCAACGCUGGGCUACGUCGCAUUCCUGGACCGACCCGUCCAAAAGGCCAACACGCCGCUGGUCGACGUGCUGCUCGCCGCCGGCGCCAUCAUCUACGUCAAGACCAACGUUCCACAAACGCUGAUGACCGCCGACUCGCACAACAACGUCUUCGGCCGCGUGCUCAACCCGCACCGCCGCACGCUGACCGCCGGCGGCAGCUCGGGCGGCGAGGGCGCCCUCGUCGCCCUCCGCGGGUCGCUGCUGGGCGUCGCCACCGAUAUCGCGGGCUCGAUCCGCAUCCCCGCGCACUGCUGCGGCUUGGUCGGGUUCAAGCCCUCGAUGGGCCGUGUGCCCCACGCCGGGGUGAUGAGUCCCAGCGUCGCGGGGUAUCUUUCCGGGAUUUCCCCGGUGAUCGGGCCCAUCUGUCACUCCGUCCGUGAUGCGAAUCUGUUCAUGAAGACCGUCUGUGAUGUGCCUCCUUAUGACUUCGAUGAUGCCGCGUUAGGCAUACCGUGGGCUGUGUCCGACCAAAACGAAGGCGAGAAGCUGCGGAUCGGGCUGUUCACGGCGCACCCGGGUCUGCCGCUGCACCCAAACAUCGCGCGGAACCUUCAUCGGGCGGCCGAUAAGCUCGCUGCUGCGGGCCACGGGGUUGUGGAUAUCACUACGCAGUUCCCGGACAUGGAGGAUGGGAAUGAGAUCGCCUUCGGGCUGUUCGGCCUCGACGCUGACCGGACAGCGUUAUCGCAUCUGGAUGCAGCGGGGGAGCCGCACGUUCCGUCCGUGGGGAUUGUCAAUGGAUCCAACACGACAAACCCUGCGCCAACCUUGCGCGAUCUAUUCAGGCUGACCGCCCGAAAGGCGGAGAUCACUGCGCAGACGCGCCGGGUGUUCGUAGAGAAGAAGCUGGAUGUGAUCCUGGCGCCGGCGUACCAGAGCUGCGCCCUGCCGCAUGAUACGUACAGUCAUGCGUGGUAUACAGUGUUUUGGAAUUUGGUGGAUAGACCGAGCUGCGUGCUGCCGUUCGGCAGGUCAGAUGCUGCUGCGGAUCGGGAAUGGUUCAGACAGGAUGCAGUAUAUCGACCCCCUUAUCGACCGGAGGAAGUGGAAGGUGCGCCUUGUCAUGUGCAGUUGGUCGGACGGCGGCUGAGGGAAGAGGUGCUGGCACGACAGGCGGAGUUGGUAGAGGCGGUUCUGAGGAAUGACUAG